CUCUCCGAUUGUCCCCAAGCUCUGCUCCUAUCUUACUGACGCAAACAGCGCCUCCUAAAGCGCUAACAGUCUGAAUGACGAUUACAGCAUAUACGCGGGGAGCACAUUCAAACCUCUACUGAGUAUGAUCAUCUAUCCGAUCCAAAAAUUGUGUACUGUAAUGCUCUACUGAAAUGGAGGACAGUUUCGACUGCGACUGUGGUGAGCUUGAGCCACCUGAUCAUUGAGGGUGGAAAGACUUUUGGAAAACUUAAGGUCGAACACAUUUCAGAUUCAGAAGUUAGGCGAACUGCAAGGACAUUUUUUUUUAUAAAGUCCUGGAACAUGGCCCUUUUGGCACGCUAGUAUGAAACAGCUCAGGACCAGUCUCACUGUCAACUUAUCUGCCCUUUGAGGAUGCACUCAACAUUACAUUUUCUCAAAUUCCACUACAUUGCUGUUGUUAGAAGUUUAUUUUGUAACGAUACGUUUUUUUGCCUAAAUUGCUUCCCUUUUUAAUACAAUGGCAAGACGAUUGACCAUAGAUUAAUCUCCUGUAUUUGGGUUGUAGGCCUUACGGGGAAGCAUAUCACCUCUGCAAGGUAUUUUAUUUACAUCCAAAUAGGAAUACAGAAAGCCACAUUAUUACCGUUUUUUCAUUGGACUUAAACUCUGGUCUUGAUUAAAGUUAGUGACUAGGGAGUGGUUAAAGCUCAUAACACAAAAUGGCUGAAAAGUUUGAGUCCCUGAUGAACAUACAUGGCUUUGACAUUGGUCCUCGCUACAUGGACCUAAAGCCCCUAGGCUAUGGAGGUAAUGGCCUAGUGUUUUGCGCCGUAGACACUGCAUGUGACAAGUGUGUCGCGGUCAAGAAGAUUGUCCUUACCGACCCCCAGAGCGUCAAGCACGCCCUCCGGGAAAUUAAAAUCAUCCGUCGCCUCGACCAUGACAACAUCGUCAAGGUGUUUGAGACGUUGGGCCCCAGUGGUCAAAGGCUAACGGAGGACGUGGUGUCUCUGGCCGAGGUCAACUCGGUAUACAUUGUGCAGGAGUACAUGGAUACGGAUUUGUGUAAGGUGCUGGAGCGGGGCCUCCUGUCCGAGGGCCACGCCAGGCUAUUUGUGUACCAGUUACUCAGGGGCCUCAAGUACAUCCACUCUGCCAACGUGCUGCACCGUGACCUCAAGCCCGCCAACCUGUUUGUCAACACAGAGGACCUGGUCCUGAAGAUUGGCGACUUUGGCCUGGCACGUAUCAUGGACCCACACUACUCUCACAAGGGUCAUCUGUCUGAGGGCCUGGUCACCAAAUGGUACAGAUCUCCCCGGUUGCUGCUGUCUCCCAACAACUACACAAAAGCCAUCGACAUGUGGGCAGCUGGCUGCAUCUUCGCCGAGAUGCUCACGGGGAAAACGCUGUUUGCGGGGGCCCAUGAGCUGGAGCAGAUGCAGAUGAUCCUGGAGUCAAUCCCUGUGCUACGGGAGGAGGAUCGCCAGGAGCUACACGGUGUCAUCCCAGUGUUCAUCCGCCGCGACAUGUCCCAGCCACACACCCCCCUUGUAAAGCUGCUGCCUAAUGUCAGCCCCCAGGCGCUCGAUUUCUUGGAGAAGAUCUUGACCUUCAACCCCAUCGACCGCCUGACGGCGGAGGAGGCCAUGGCCCACCCCUACAUGUCGGGCUACUCCUUCCCCCUGGACGAGCCCAUCGCCCUGCAUCCAUUCCACAUUGAGGACGAGGUGGACGACAUCCUGCUCAUGGACCAGAGCCACAGCCACCCCUGGGACAGGUACCAUGACAGCCAGAUGUCCGAGGUUGACUGGCAUCUGCAUAGCACCCACGACUCAGACGAGGUGCAGUUGGACCCGCGGGCCCUCUCUGACGUCACAGAUGAGGAAGAGGUCCAGGUUGACCCCCGCAAGUAUACUGACGGCGAGUGGGAAAAGUUCUUCGAUGAGCCGUCUUAUGACCACUCGUCUCUAUUCCCGGUGGAGAGCCAGUGGCACGAGGAUGACGAGGAUGACGACCACCCCCACCACUAUCACCACUACCACCACUACCACGAAAACAAGUACUGUGACCAGGAGUGCGGCCGCAAUUGCAACUACAAAGCUGCAUCCCCCUCCUACCUUGACAGCCUUAUCUGGCGCGACAGCGAGGUGAACCACUACUACGAGCCCAAGCUUAUCAUUGACCUGUCCAACUGGAAGGAGCAGCAGAGCAAGGAAAAGGAAGAGCGCAAGGCCAAGAGUAAGUGUGAGGUAAAUGGCCUUGUCAAGGCCCAGAUUGCCCAUAAGGAGGGGCUGCAGGACCAGGGCCCCUUUGAGAAGGACAGCGAGCAGGAAAAGCACCAGACGCAGGUCAACCCCACUCCACAGAACCCGGGCUUUGACUUUGACUCCUUUAUUGCUGGCACCAUCAAGCUCAGUCUGCAGCCGGAGCCCUUCCAGGAAGUGGGCCUCCUCAACGAGCUCAACUCCUCCGUUUCCCAGCUGGAGGCAUCACGCUCGGCUUCUGUGCCCAAGUCCAUCAGCCAGGAGAAGGAGGAGAAGUGCCUUGUCAACCUGGCACAGCUGGGUGGUGGUGGGGGGCCUGGGGAGACGGCCCGGCCCCUCAACCCCUGGGGGUGCUUCGGAGGUGGAGAGCCGGCAGACGAUGGCGGCCGGCCGAUCAAUGAAGUGUGCUGGGACGUCGGAGAGGAGGAGCAGAAGCCGACCCCGUACACAAGCUACCUGGACCGCCUGUUCAGCCGAAGGGAGGACGGCGGGGCAGGGCAGACUCCCGAGGGCCCCCCACCCCCUGAGGAGCCGUCGGAAGACAAAGAGCGUGAGGCGUGCUUCCUGGGUAGCAACGACAAGCUGGAUUUUAACCUGCAGCUGGACUCUCUGGAUCUGCCCGGCUUCAACUGCUCAGACGACCUGCCGCUGAAGUCCAUCCAGGCAACGCUGGCACCAGCUGCCGUCAAAUGCUCGCCGCAAAUUGCCCACAAGACCUACAGCAGCAUCUUCAAGCAUCUAAAUUGAGGAAGAUGAAUGCAAACAGGAGGCACAUUUAAGAAUCUCCACACAGUGCAAAGUCUAGGCAGUUAUAUUGUUUUUAUUAUCAUAGUAAUGUAUUAUUUUACUUGAAUCAAUUCAUUAUGUUUUAAUGUAUUGCAUUUAUUUUAUUUUAUAUAAACUUAAUAAUUGACCACUCUGAGCCUUUUACAACCAACCUUCGUGGGUUUCUGUCCGUUAAUGCCCAUCAAUAAACUUGGUAUUCACACACAACCAAGUACUGUAGACUGGCUAAGAGGAGGAGGAAUAGGAAAGUUGAGGUGGUCUAUGCUCAAGGCCAGGAUGGGAGACAUUGCAUUGAUAUAAUUGCUGUGGAAGUUCUUCCGAACCCAAACGCCUUUAUUUUAAUUUAAUUUUUCUGGUAUGAAAGACAUGGUGAUCUUUUUGUUUCAGUGCAUAUAACUUAUACUUUUCCCAAAGAGAAUUUGCUAAACAGCCCUUUUACAUACUGUAAAUUGUUAUUUUGACACAUGAUGCCAGCAGCAACACUCUUGUAGACGUGUAAUUGUGUUCUCUACCUCAAGGUGAGGGCCGCGAAACACACGCUUAGUAGUAGUCGUGCUUCACACUCGCAUCCCGUCAGCACAGAGGUGUGUGUGUGUGUGUGUGUGUGUGUGUGUGUGUGUGUGUGUGUGUGUGUGUGUGUGUGUGUGUGUGUGUGUGUGUGUGUGUGUGUGUGUGUGUGUGUGUGUGUGUGUGUGUGUGUGUGUGUGUGUGUGUGUGUGUGAGAGAGAGAGAGUUUUAGCACAGCGAGGUAGACACUUAUUUAUUUUGAGAAGACAACAUGCAAUAUUUAUUUUUAGGCUUGUUUCAUUUUUUUUCUGCUCCAUGUGGUUUUAUUGGACAGUUGGGUAGUCAACCUUCCAGUUGUUGUGAUUACAUUAUUUUUGGUAGGUAUAUCUCAUUUAUUUUCUUUGGCUUCCAGAAGAAAUUGAAGCCUUCCAUCUUCCAUCAGUCAUCCCCCAAAUAUUCAUCAUUGCAUUUGGUGCAUUAUGUAUUUCAAUCAUUUUUGGAGAAGAGUGGGCCUAGAAGGAAGGAGAGCGGACAGUGGCCUGUAGAGUAGCUCCAACAAGUCUUAACUAAACAAAUUUAAAUGCAUUAAAACCGAGUGCAUGGAUAUUCAGAAAGUACAAAACUAAUUGUGAUCAUUCAUAUUAUUUCAAUUGUAUGUUAUUUUAUAUAUAUAUAAUAAUUCAAUUUUUUGACGUAUUGUGAACUAGAUUAUCUUUUUUUCAUGCCUUAUAAUGCUGACUUCAGAUUAUUUUUAAAUCAUCGGUUCCCCCAGUUCUGCUGAAUCUCAAUAAAAAUACAGGCAAAGUGAUAUGAUGUAUUGUUAUUUGACUUAUUUAGUUAACCAUAUCUACCCUUUACCCAGUGUCAUGGUGCAGCUCGGGUUUCUGGUUUUGGAAGUCUAGCAAGAGGCCCGCUCAAUGCCAUUUAGCCUAUUCAAGGAUCCAUUUAAAUGUCCUCGAAGGCAAGACUAGAUUACACCCUUGAGAUCCAAGGCCACCAACCUCAUUCAAAUGUUAACCGGUGUAGUAAGUUACCUUCUGAAGCCGACUUGUGGUUGAUGGAAUAAUGUUCACUAAAUGUAAUAUCUAGGAUUUAUCAAAAAAAACAAUUCCAGAGAUCAAGUGUUGCAAAGGUCAUGAAGUUUUUUCCAAUGUUGCUGUACAGAAAAACAACAGCUAACGGAAUUAAUUGGUCUAAGAGAGGGAAAACCGUUCUGCAUGCGUAAUGCAUGUACACCAAGUUUCAGAAUGUUUUAUGGAUCAGGGUGGACAUGCUGAUCGUUUGACUUUGACCACGAUUUUAGGUACCAAAUCUUUUGGGGACAUGAUUACCGAGGAUACUACUGUUGUAAAUUUGAGUUUUGCGCACUCGGUAAAUAAUACUCAAACCAAACAAGGCAUUCAUUGAGUGCCAAAAGUGGCAUCCGAAUAUACAUCCCAUCGACUUGCAACUAUUCUAAUCUUUAAUUUAAAUCUGUAUGUAUUUAAAAACAUCAGCUCGUUGCAUAGUGUCUGCACACAUACUGCAUUUGGAAACAACGGUUAAUUCAUAGACACAGGCCUCUGUAAAUGGGUUGUGACAGACUCUCAGAAUGUUCCGUUUCAGAAUGUGUCCAUGUAAAUGUGCUUAAGCUACCGGUCGGGAGUGUCUCUAGACAUGGCCGUGAGACCCACUACAGUUCAUUAUAGACUUGGACUGAGGCACCUCAAUCUGGACGUCAUCAGCCCAUCAAUAACACUUGCUCUCACUCACAGCCAAAGAGUGCAGUGCCAGGUUUGUAGUGCACAUCUCGUAUGACAAGGGACGUUCUAGGGGUAGGCCUACUACAGGAAGAUUAUUUCAAAAUCCUAAACCCCAUGGAGUGCGAUGAAACUGGCUUGAUGUUAUAUAACAGGAGAGCUCUAUUUCAUCGGGAAUGUUCAUCCAGAAAAAAAUGCUAUUAAAUAGAAAAUAAGUUCAGUAGGAUCGGAGCAUAAAGGUAAAAAAUGUGCUUAGCUUUGUCAUUCAUUCCGAUUCCCAAAAGUAGCGACUAACAAAACAUGAAUGUCUUAAUGUCUGCAUAGUUCAUGAUUUGUGAUCACUUGAGAUAUAUUGCCAUACUUAUAGCAGCAGGGCUUAGCUUACUUUGGGCUUCGUGUUUUUGCAUGAAUAUACAGAUUCACAUCACCCUCCAGUGUGGACAAAACAGGUGUGGUUCUGAUCUCUACUUGAGCACAGUCGUCUCAUGACCUUAAACUGGUUCCUGCCCUUGUUAACAAACGAUGCAGGUAGAACAAACAUGACGUCCAUUGAUCUCUCUGUCUCUGUCUCUCUGUCUCUCUCUCUCUCUCUCUAACUUUAAAGGGAUACUGAAGCCACAUAGUUUAAGACAUGAAGAAAUGUUGAAUGGCUUAAAUCAAGUGAAGGGAAUUGAACCGGGUCUAAGCGGAGUAAACAGACUCGUAGAGACGUGACUGUAUGGUAUGAACUCUGCUCCUUUAAUCGCUUCCUCUAAUCGUUGCCUAGGUUAUAUACAGAACAUUCCAACCCCGUAUUAAUACAUUUAAUAAUAAUACAUUUAAUUUAGAGGCGCCUUUCAAGGCACCCAAGACAUAAAGUUAUCAUAAAUCGUUUAAAAACAAGACAUUGUGGAAAAAUAAAUAAAUAAAACAAAAACAAGACAAAAAAAACAAACAAUCAAGAUAGUGAUCAGUUAGACUGUGUGCGAGUUUGAACAGGUGAGUUUUGAGUUGUGACUUGAAGGUUGUUAUGGUGUCUGACUGUUUUAUGUGUGUAUUACAACUGAUACUACAUCUGUAUUUG